AUGGCUGCUGCGAAUCACCACACUCACUCACCACCACCGCUCACCGCGCUGCGUAUCGCCCAGCCUCCCGCGCGCUUCCAUCAAGGGUGCGGCUAUCCACUGCGUGACGCCCUCCAUGGUUGGCUGCCCGGCCCGGCUCGUACACCUUCAUCUACGGGCGCUUCGCGUGCAAACUUUUUGCUCGCCAGGAACCCGCACGCUCAAAUUGGUCAAACCUCCUCCACUACUUGGAGAGCCGCGAUGCUUCUCCUCGGCUAA